AGCCCCUCUCCAGCCAUGUAUUUAGCAUUGCACCAGCAGGACAUUGGGAUGUGUGUCCACAAUGAAAUGGGAAGUCUCUGUGUUCUGUUCCCUUUCUUAGGUGAAAGCUGGAGUCUUAGGCACUGGUUUUAGUUGCAUUCACUUCAUCUCUUGAAAGCUCUUCAGUUCAAGUUAAAUGGUUGUGUAGACAACUCCUAAAAUCAAAAAACUUUAAACACCAGUUUUUCUUCAUUUCUAUCUCCCCAUCACACAGAAGCUUCACUCCUUAAACCACAGGAAAAAUAUCAUGGGGCAAGCCAACAGUCUAAUCUUCCGUCCAGUCAGCACCAGUGACUAACAGAAGGUGCUAAGAAGAAUAAACAAGUCAAGAGAUACAGAAGUACCUCACAUCUUGCUUAUUUUCUUUCUAUCUCAGAGAGUCAGAAAAAUGAAGCAAAUGUGGAGCUUCAGCAGAAAAAUUACCUUGGAUUCCUCUUAAGUGACAUGUCCUCUGAUGCCAUUUUGCUCAGGAAACAUUCUUUCCUUGUGAUUGUGACUGGCACUGGUCAUCCCAGGCUGCCCAGAAAGGUUGUGUUAUCUCCAUCCGUGAGGUGUCAUCCUGCACUACUGGCUCUGGUGGACCUGCUUGAGCAGGGGGAUGGCCCAGUGUCUGGAGGCAGAAGUCAGCUCUGAAAUGUGGUGGUUCCAGCAGGGCCUCUCGUUCCUGCCCGUGGCGCUGGUCGUGUGGUCAGCAGCAUCAUUUGUGUUCUCCUACAUUACUGCAAUUGUCCUACACCACGUUGACCCUUUGGUGCCCUACAUCAGUGAUACAGGGACAAUACCACCUGAAAGAUGCUUAUUUGGGAUCAUGUUAAACGUUUCAACUUUCUUGGGGAUGGCCACCAUGUACGUGCGAUACAAGCAGGUGUCUGCCCUGAGCCCAGAGAAACCCAAGAUCCUCAGGCUGAAUAAGCUGGGCCUCAGGCUGGGAUGGAUGAGCUGCUUUGGACUCUGCAUUAUUGCCAAUUUCCAGAAAUGUAUCCUGUACUACAUCCACGUGCUGGGAGCCUGCCUGACCUUCGGGGUGGGGUCCAUUUACAUGCUGGUUCAGACCAUCCUGUCUUACCUGAUGCAGCCAGAACUUCAUAGCAAAGACAUCUUCUGGGCCCGCCUGGCCGUGUUCCUGUGGAGCUGUUGCAGCAUCCUGAGCAUGUUUGUGUCCUCGGUUGUGUUGUACAGUGGCCUGUAUGGACAGAACCUGGUGCAGAAGCUGCACUGGGAACCCCAGGAAAGAGGCUACACCCCCCACAUGAUCAGCACUGUCUCUGAGUGGUCACUGGCAUUUUCUUUCCUCAGCUUCUUCCUCACCUACAUCCGUGACUUCCAGAAAAUCUCCCUGCAAGCCGUGGUCAGCCUGCAGGGCCAAACCCUGCACGAGAGCCCAGGGAGCUUCAGGGCAGAGGAGCAGGCACUGCUCGUAGCAGGGAGCAUCUGAUGGAUGGAGAGAACUCAGGAAUUGAAUAGCAAUAACAGCUGUUAUUUCUAAACAUUUAUUUUAUACUAAAAAAAAUAUGAAGUGAUUGUCUUGUACUUGACAUCGAGGGCUUUGCUAUUAACCCACAGCAAUGCAAAUGUUACCAGUACUGUAAAUGAGUCUGUGACAUUUCUACAUUUUCCAAUGUCAUGAAGGAUUAAAUGAAGGUUAUUCAUGA